AUAAUCAAAUCUUCACAUGGCACAGAGAAUUGCGAAUGUGAGAUGCAAUUUUACGUCUGACUUCAACAAUUCGCAAUUUUUUCUAAGGUUUUAGAAAAUCAAACAAGUAAAUACCACUAUUUUAAACACCUGAAACUAUGAAAGUAGAAGUAGACCCAUUUACAACAAUUUAAAAUAUAGAACAAGAUACUUAAAAAUACUUGGCUAUUUAAGAACGUUCGAGUAUUUUAUUUAUUUAAUUCGCUUUAAUUUAAAAUUUAAUUCAAAGAUAUUAUGUGAUUUGUUACUGUUUUAAGUUUUCUCUACUUAUUCAUCAACGAUGGCAUCUUCACUUCGCUCAAUAUUUACACAAAGUCAUCAAGUUCUUCGCCACUGCAAAGUUCUAGGGCUGACGACAUCCUCCUUGAUCUCCAAUAAUGGUGGUGGGAGAAAUGUUUCCCAGUGGUCACUUGCGAUAAACGCGGGUGUAUUCUCCCAAAGGUCGACUGGAAGUACUGCACUCGUCUACCACUUCAAAUCCUUCUCGAAUCAGGCAACACAGAUGAAAAGCACUGUGGACAUGAACAGCAGUGGAAAUCUGGCCGGACAGGCACUGGCGAUGAAAACAGCAGAUACAAAUAAAGAUGACCAAACGGGACAAGAUGGUCAAGAUGAUGAAGCUAAAAAGGCAGCAGAAAAUCAACUUCGAGCAUUACGUUUCACAAUGUACGCAAUGGGAGGCAUAUUCGUUGGAACAGGGCUUUAUAUCUUCUUUACAUACGGGGCACCAAUACUUGAUCAACAAGGAAAUCCGAUCAGAGAUCAAUUUUCAGAUCUCCCAUUCGUUGUUCAGUAUUGGAAGCGGGCGUCGGCGGAAGUUAGCAACUAUGUCAAUUAUAUUGUGAAUCCAUCUAGGGAUAAGUUACUUCCUGACCCUGUCAAACCUCCAUAUCAUCAACCUCCGUACACGUUGCUUAUCGAAUUGAAUGGUAUUCUUGUUCACCCGGAAUGGACGUAUAAAACUGGAUGGAGAUUUAAAAAGCGACCAGGCGUAGAAUAUUUUUUAAGCCAAGUUGCUGGCUAUGCGUUUGAAGUAGUAGUCUAUACACACGAACCUGGCAUGAUUGCCUUCCCUAUAGUAGACGCAUUGGACCAGCAAGGCUAUUUUCACUACCGACUAUUUAGGGAUUCGACAAAAUAUGAAAACGGCGUUCAUCUUAAAGACCUUGACAAACUCAACAGAGAUUUAAGCAAAGUAAUUAUUGUGGACUGCAAUGGCAAAGCUGUGACUAAACAUCGAAACAACGCUCUGAUUCUUCCAAAAUGGAAAGGAAAUGAUGACGACAGAGCGUUAUUCGAUUUAGCUGCUCUAAUUCAAACAAUCGGAUCCAGUGAAGUUAAAGACGUUCGUGGAGUUUUGGAGUACUACGCCGAUUACGAUGAUCCAAUUGCUGAAUUUCGGAGGAAGCAGCAGGAACUAGUAAAGCAAGAGCAUGCUGCCAUGAAAAAAGCAGACAGCAAAGUCACUGGGUCUUUCUCUAGUGGACUUUUAGGAUCAUUGUUCCGCAAAAGUUGAAGCUGGCGUUCAUUAUUGUAAAACUUACAGUUUUUGAGUUUUACUUAGAUAUACUAGAGAACUGUGGUCAAUUUCGUUGCUAGUAAAUCAGAAUUUUUUACUGGUCAAUUAUCUAGGUUUAAAUCAUAAAUAAAUAAGUCGACCUCAUCUUGCAGAUAAA